CAUCAGUUUGCUGUUCGAUCACAAUGGCUUCAUCUUCCGCCCUGAUCCAUUUCUUCCUCCUCUCAAUGGCCACCUUCUCAAUCUCAUGCUCAUCACUUCCCCAUCAGCCCAAAUCCCAACCCUAUUCCUUCAAACUUCCCAUUAAGAAAGACCCAUUAACCAAUCUCUACUACGCUUCUGUUGGCAUAGGAACUCCACAACACAACGUGGACCUGGUGGUUGAUCUUGGAGGACCAUCCCUGUGGUAUGACUGCAACAGUCGCUACAAUUCAUCGUCCUACCGCCCUGUAUCUUGUCAGUCAAAAAAAUGUCCCCAGGAUGCAGGAUGCACUGGUUGUUCUGGCCCUUUUAAACCAGGUUGCUCAAAUGACACUUGUGGUCAUAACAUUUUAAACAGUUUGGCUAAAUAUAUCUUCAGUGGUGACUUGGGCGACGAUGUCUUCCAUAUGCCCAACCUGAAAGUGCCUCACUUCCUUUCUGGCUGUACUGCUUCGGAUUCAUUCACCGGCGAUGCUGUAGUUCUAGAAGGCUUACCCAAAGGCAGUGAUGGGAUCAUAGGCCUUGCAAGGACGGAGUUAACGUUACCUGCACAGCUCUCAUCGGCUUAUAAGCUUCCUCGCAGGUUUUCUCUUUGUUUACCUUCUUCAACCAACAAAGGAUAUGGUGACAUGCUCGUUGGUGCCCAAGAUGUGUCCAAAGUUCUCAAAACCAUCCCACUGAUCGUCAACCCAGUUUCAACGGCUCCAGUGUUUACUACUGGGGAUGCCUCUUAUGAAUACUUCAUUGAUGUGAAAUCGAUCAAGAUUGACGGCAAGGCUGUGAACAUAAAACCUUCCCUUUUAUCCAUUGACAAAAAGGGAAAUGGGGGUACCAAAAUUACUACCAUGAGUCCUUUCACUGAGCUGCACAGCUCAGUUUACAAACCGUUUUUAAGACAAUUCGUCAAACAGGCUGCGAGCAGGAAGAUGAAGAGAGUGUCUCCAGUGCCACCAUUUGAGGCAUGCUAUGAUUCAAGCUCUAUUAAUAGGUCCGGCGUGCCUAGUAUUGAUUUGGAGCUUCAGGGGGGAGUGACAUGGACUAUUCAUGAGACCAAUUUAAUGGUGACGACUAAGCACAAUGUGGUGUGUCUGGGAUUUGUUGAUGGAGGGAAAGAACCGAAAAAGUCAUCGGUGAAAACCUCAAUCGUAAUUGGUGGGCAUCAAUUAGAGGAUAAUCUUCUGGUAUUUGAUUUGGUUUCCUCGAAACUAAGCUUUAGCUCCUCCCUUCUCCUCCAGAACACAAGUUGUUCUCGCUUUUAAUGCAAUGGCUUUGAGUUUUAUUCUCUAUUGGCCUUGUGGGUUGUGAAGCUUCAACCUCCAUGGAUGGCAAAAUAAAUACGGGAGCAUGAUAUAAGCGAAAUGAAGAAUGUGCCUUUUAUCUUUUAGUUUUGCGUGGACAAAUGAGUAAGUUUUUGUUCAAGAGUUCUCCAACAAAGUUCUCCAUCUUAUGUUUAUGAAAUAACAGCGUGUUUAGUUGGCACAUGGCAUGUGUUUCAAAAUUGAAUAGAUCUAGUGUUCCAAGUAUUGAUGAGGGGAAGUGGAAUGGAGCAUUCGUGGGGCCAAUAUUUCAAUGUUCAUCGCUGAGAAAAAUGUGGUGAGCUUGGGAUUUAGAACAAAGCCAAGAAUGUCAUUUGGGAAAUGUAGUAGGUGGACAUUUGAAGGUGUUUGAUGUGGAUUCCUCAAAACUAAGUUU